AACACUACUAAAAGGGGGAUAUAGAGAGCAGAGAGCUAUGACACGUAGGACAGUUUAUUCUGACCAAUCAGAAACAUGUUUUUUGCCACGUCAGACGGCCUCAGGGAUUAGUUUCGUUUAAACUCACGGACCUUGGGAUUUUGAUUUCUUUUCGUUUAAAGGCGAGCAGUUUAACGUGUGGGCUUCAUGCUUUGUAUUUGGGCUUUAUCAGAUUGUCAUUUGGGCUUCCACUGAAUUUUUAAUUGCCCCAUCCGACGCAGAUAACACAAUUAUUCCGUAGCCGUCGAAGAUGGCGAUUCUUCUCACCCGUCCCUCUUCGUCUUCUCCGAUCGAAAGCAACGAGUUUGAUAACUAAGCGAUCCACAAUCAAUACUUUCGUACCAAUCAUUCAAUACCUCCUUAAUGAUUUCGUUUCACCUCCCUCUCUUCCUCCUCCUUUAUAUGCUAUUCUUCUUUUCUUCGUACUAUCUAAAACCCUAGAACCACUCAGAUCUCAAACCAUGGCGAUGAAGCGAAAUGGAAAAUCUCCUGUCUCAUCCGACACUGACGAAAAAUUCAUGUUCUUCAAAGAUGUCUCUCUAGGUCCUCAUGAAACUCAGUUGCGCUUUCGGCUCAUCCAUUUUUGGGAGGCUCGAAAUCCGGUGAAGAAGACAAUUAUCGGCCUGGAAAUGCUCCUCAUCGACGAGCAGGAAACUGUCAUACAGGGAUUCAUCCCACCAGGACGUAUCAAGAAGUACUUGCCUGAUUUGAAACAAGGGUCAGUUUAUAGGCUCAACAACUUCUACGGGUCGAAAAACAAACCUAUGUAUCGGGUGGCUGAUCAUAUAGCAAUCGUGUCUUUCACAUGGAACUCUGAAUUGUCGGUUCUUCACGAGAUUCCAACCUCUUUCGAUGAAGACCGUUUCAGGUUUCAUUCAUAUGAAGAUUUUGAAGCUAACUGUGAUCUCAAAGGUGACCUCUACGAUGUUGUGGGCCACAUGAAGCUGGUCAAUGGACAUACUCUUAUUGAGCAUCCCACACCUGAUGAAGUGAAGAUCGAUACCACUCGGCACAUUAUGGUUCAUGUGCAAUUGCAUGACGGACCUGUCAUGAAGCUCUACCUUUGGGACAAGGCUGCAGCAGACUUCUGCAAGAAGUUUAACUCAUAUGACAACACUCCCACAGUGCUUUUGGUCACAGCUGUUAACACCAAACGUCUCGGAGGUACCCUUGCACUGACCUCUAUGUCUCCCUCACGGGUUUUCAUGGACUAUGAUGUCCAGCCAACCAUAGAUUAUUUCAACUGGCUCGGCUCAAACCCGGAGAUUGCUAAGCAAGUUAGUGCAGACGUCGUCACCAAGCGUGAGACACUGACUAUAGCAGAUAUAUUCACUUACAUGAAGCAAGAAUCUGCAAAGGAUGCCUUUUUUGAGUGCACUGCUACUAUCGAUGAUGUUGUUCAUGGCUCAGCUUGGUACUAUAUUGGAUGCAGUGGAUGCCAUGCCAAGGCUACCAAAGGCGCAACAUCUUUGGUUUGUACAAAUACGAAAUGUGAGAAGAUCAACACAGAUGGUGUCCCUCAGUACCGUGCAAAGAUAUCUGUUUAUGACAACAGUGACCAAGCCGUUUUUGUCCUACUAGGUGAUGCUGGUCGUGUGUUGACCGGAAGGCACGCAUCAGAGUUAGUUAGCAGCUACUUUGAGGUAAAUAUUCAUCAAUUAAUGCUCUCAUAUAAUUUCAUCUCACACUGUUCUUCUCAAAUUAUAGGCUAAUGGGAGCGAAUGAGCUGACCAUGAGGUGCCUGUCCCGGAAGCUCUAAUCAGCACUAUCGGACAGACACAUAAGUUUUGUGUGAAAGUUACACAGCACAACUUCUCUGGCGAUACCCGAGCCAUAACUGUCACCAAGAUCCUCUCUCUAGACACACCACCACCCACAGAAGCCUCUGUUGGAAGCAACAUUGCUGCCACGUCCAGGGAGACAGUGCAGACUGAGAAUGAAGUUUGUGAGCCUUCCAAAACCCGUGGUGAUUCUGCAGAUGAGGAGAGUAAGAGGACUUUUGACAGUGCUGAUCCACAGAAAGCCAAACGCCCAAGACGUGAUGAUUAAGCUUCGGUUCAUGGAUGUUUAAGUCUUUGCUUUAUAGUUCAAGUACAGACUUGGUUUUUUUUAAGUUUGCUUCAGUUUAAGUACUAUUUUGGUUUAUCUAAAGACAGUGCGUUGUUUGUUUCUUUCCCUUUCAGACUUUGUCUUUUAAUCUUUGAACUACUUUUUUUUAUAAUCACUUCUGUCUUUAUAUUUAUGUUUACUGAUUACUUUAAAUCUGCUUGACUAAUCGGGUUGUUUGCUAUGCUUUGUCUUCUAAUCGUUUGAACUGUCUUUUUGGUUUUGUUUGUAAAAUUUUCAAAUAAGAGACAAGUGUUUGAUUGAAUAAUGACUGAGCCUCACUUUUUUAUUUUAAUUAUUGUAUUCCAGUUUCAACGUACCUUAACUAUUGUUUAUUGUUUGCUGUAACUUAAAUAUUGUAUAAGUUAUAUAUAAUAAAGUUUCGCAAUGGCCUGAAACAACUCAUCAAGCUCUGAACAAUGGCAACCAUUCCCUCUCACAACCACCUUCUCCCUAAGCCGACCAUCUAAUCAGCUCACUAUUUUUCCUUUGAACCAUAAUUUGCCGGAGGAUGUUCGCCGGCGAUAUAAAGAAGCUAAAGAAUCAAAGAGUUUGAAAGACACAUAUAUAAAGACAAAGAGUUUUAAAAAUACACGACUCACAAAAUCUUCCAAUAUUGCAUGAUUACAAAUUUGGUAAGGAAUCUCAUGUCAACGUAAAAUCUUCUUCUUAAAAAGAAGGUCAUAUAUUUCAUUAAACAAGCAAUACCAAUCAUUGACUAUUCCUUUCAAAAAGAAAAGAAAAAUACUUAAAAAACAAACUCACCCAAAAAAAUCCUCCUUCUCUUGCGUAGAAAAUAAGAUUUAUUAAGCAAAGUCUUUCUCUCCCAAAAACUCAUCUGUAUCUUCGUUACGUCAAUAAACCAUACCCGUGUUCACGUGUUGCUUUCUACGUUCAGGAAUGAGUUGGUUGUGGGGAUCGCUUCUCAACAGAAUGGAUAACCCACCUACUAAUCAGCCCAACGAAGCUUCAGGUAAAUACAUAAUCUUCUGUCUCCUUAGAAGGACCCAACAAUUAUGUUUUCCUUUUUUUGGGGUUUCAGUUUCUUAGUGGUCAAGGAAUUGAAAUAUUCAAUCCAAAUAAAACCAUGAUUUAGUUUCAGUUAGCUACUCUGCUCACUCAACAUAUAAAGUUCCAAAUUAACUUUUAAACUCAAAAUCCUUCAUAUAAGAAUUUGUCAAAAAAAUAUAAAAAUAUGAAUAUGAAAAGAAUUGAAGAUAGAAUCUGAAUAUAAUUAAAACAUAGAUGAAAAAGAUG